UUAGACCAAAAAAAGAAAAUUUGAGUAGCAUACUCCACUUACGCAACUCUUUUCCAACUUACUGAAAUUGCAUUUAUCCUCUGCAUCUCCGUCCCUCCUCUGUCGACAACCCCCAUUCUUCAAUCUGCUCAGGUAUUCAUCACCGCUUCCUCAACUUUCAACCUUAGCACUUAUUCUCAACUAAUCUUAUGUCCUGAUUCAACUAACAUCGAGUUAUGAAACACAAUUACUGAACAGUAAAUAUUCCAAAUCUUACAACACUCCACAGAUCAUCUCUUUAAAAUCCACUCGACAGAUCUUAUCUACACUUUUCAGAUAAGUAUUUGCUUUGUUAUACAUGGAUUUUUCAUCUUCACACAAUUAAUGACCUCGCGAAACCAUCCCUGUACUGGAAGCUGACAAUCUUUCAUUUCCAUACAGAGUGAGCAGGAAUUUCAUUACACUUCCAUGGCUCCCUUAAUUAGAGGCCAUGAUGACAUGUUUUUUCAGCUUUAAGGUUUGUGACUGGUAGAACAACAACGACAACAUUACUCCAGUGCUGCAACGGUUCUCACCUAUGGCGGGGUGAGCUUAAGUUGCACCAAUCUUCGAGUGUUUGCUAUUUUUCUUUCCUUCACUCUUCAUGCUGAAGCUUCUGGUUAAAAAAAUCAGAUGCCAUGGUUAGGGUCUAUGUGAGUUGGGGUGAGAAAUUUGCUACGAGUUGCUGACAUAUUAUGACCUAUCCAUCGAUUGUUGUUUUGCUUCAAGGUAUGGGCUGUGUCGCAGUUUUAUCAGGUGUUUGAUAGAUCCAAUGUUAGUUAUGGUGAAUUUGAAUCAUGUAUUGAAACAACUGGGUGAGAAAAUUUGGGUUUCUGAAGAUCUAUGAACAUCACAUUUUCACAUUUACAUUUUCCGGGUUUGAAACAGAUCCGAAGUGUUGCUUCAUCAGCAAUUGACAGGUUUUCAGAAAAAUGAAAAUUACCAAACAAUACCGGUGCAGUCACUCGGCAUACUGCAUAUGCACAAAAGGGCAUCUAAGUGAAGAAGUGAUAUUCCUAGUCUUUGAACAUAUGAACUGGAACCCGAAGACGAUUGCAGAUCUAUCCUGUGCGUGCAAAUGGUUUGACGAUCUCGCGAAGAGAGUUCUCUGGAAGGAGUUCUGCAAGAAAAGGGCGCCCAAGAUGAUGCUUGACCUACAAUCCUGUGGCAGCCACAGUGUGGACGGUAACUGGAGGGCACUUGGGAAACUCCUCAUUUACUGCUCUGGAUGUACAAAGGGCGGGUUGUUCAACACCAUUCACAUUCCCGGACACUUCGUUCAUAGGACACGGUUCUCAAGGACGUCUGGUAAGAGCUUUCUUUUACCUCAAUGCAGGACAGAUGUUUUGUACGUUUCCGAUCCAUGUGAGCAUCUUGACCAAGGAGAAGAAGGGGACGUUGGGUUUUUCCGGGGGAUAUUUAAGUCAUUCGGGUCAUCAAAGGUGAAGAAGAUGCUGAUAAAGAAGGACGCUCAGCUGCACCCGAGGGAGGUGUGUCCGUACUGUAAGGCGAAGCUGUGGAGUAUGUUGCAGGCUAAUAUGAUACCCUCAAGUGCUAGUUGCAGACUGGGUGCUUAUGAAGAUGCGAUUGAGUAUUAUGUGUGCCUUAACGGUCAUGUGCUUGGGAUUUGUACACUCUUGCCCUUGUCUGAUACAGAGGAAGCGGAAGCUUCUGGAUCUGAGUGAGGCCUAGCAGAAGAAUGAAAUAUAUAUUAUUAUAUCUUUAUGUGUGUGCAGUGCUGCAUUUCUUUUUACAAGGAUGAUGAAAGCUUUCCAGAGUUUUUUGCUCAGAACUAUUCACAAUCGGUGAGCAUUUUGAUUGAGUAUAGGUGGUAUGCUUCAGAACAUUCUUGUGAGCCAUUUGUGCAAUUGUAUCCGCUUUGGUGCUACAUUGUAAUAUCCUUCACACUCCUGUUAUGGAAUCAUUGUAGUUUUCUCAGUAUGAGAAAAUUGUGUAUGCCUACAUAAGUCCAUUUUUAGUAAAAGGCGAAAGAAUAGUUUCGCUUUGUGUUCGUCACAUGGCAGGAUUGGCAGCGUAAGUCCUUAUGUUCUUACUUCUUUCCCAC